UCUCUCUCAUCCGGCAAGCAUAAUUGAACUAGUCAACUUUCACAUUUUGGAAAUGUAUGGCAGUCAAUGUGAAAUUCAAAAUAAAAUAAAGUAAAAUAAGAUAGUCAGGAAUAGUUCAUAAAAUUAAAGAGUAUCAUGCUAUCUUUUAUGUCAAGUUACCUACAACUACGCAACCCUUAAUUGCAAGUACUUAAGGAAUAAGGACUCAUUCUUUGAGUAUUAUGAGGUGAUAAUUUCGGUCGGGGCGUGAUCAAAUCCAACAAAGCCCGAGGGGCUUUAUGAUAGAUUUGAUCCCAUUUUUUAAUCGUGACUGUUUUUAAGGAGAUCAAAAGGACAUUUUAUUACCUCAUUGCCUUGCACUCCCUAUGGCAUACCUUAGUAUAUUGUAAAUUUAAAUCUCAAUGUGUGAUAUACAUCAGUAUUCUUAAUAUAGAUUUUGGCAUGUCCAUACCGGCGGCAGCUUUCUGUUCCUAGUGGUUACAAUAUGAGUAGCAAAUACAGAUUUCCGGUACACUCGGUGAAGUCAUGUCCAAUCGACGCCAAAACAUGGGAUGAAGCCGCAAUGCGAAGGAACUGCAGUCUAGAUCUAGACCCUAAAGUCACCAGAAAUCGCUACCAAUGUGUACCUGACGCAGAAAAAAAUUCGCUUUUAGAAUUUUGUUAUGAUGAACCUAGACCUCUUGUUGAAAAAGGUACCUGCAUGGAGUUGGCUGGUUCUGGAACAUUAAAUCAGUAUAGUUGCUCAAAUUUUAUUAAUGGAUGUCCAGACAAGGCGUAUCUUAGUUACGAAGUAUAUCAAUAUCCUGCUUGCUUGAAUGUUAGCACAGAAGACGGAUGCUACUGUGCGGACCCUGCGUGCUCUAACAAAACCGCGGCAACUGUAAAUAUACCAACAACUGUAAAUAUACCAACGACUGUACCAACGACUGUAAAUAUACCAACGACUGUAAAUAUACCAACGACUGUACCAACGACUGUAAAUAUACCAACGACUGUAAAUAUACCAACGACCUCUGAAAGUUCCAUAAAUGCUUGGAUCACUACUGUUGUUGUCAUAGGAGUUUUAGGAUUGAUUAUAUUGAUAUCAAUAACCUUAUAUUGUUGUCGUCGAAAAAUUGGGCUAUGCAAAAGAAGGACUAAAGGUGAUAGUGAUCCGGAGAGUGAACCUCUGAGAAAAAAAGAAAAGAAUGGAGAGGCGCCUGUUUGUAUCGAGUUACAUGAGCCACAUCGGAAUCUUGAAGGUUUGUCUCAGAAAAAUGGUGCAAAAUAUUGGAGAACAAGAGCAUUUUAUGCUGUAAUGGACGCCAUAACAUGUAAUCAAUGCGUCCUGGUUAUCGGGGAAGCAGGUUGCGGGAAAUAUACAACAGUAAAAUAUGUGGCUGACAGUUUUAUUCAGCGCCAGAACGAUUAUAUGAUAAAAUUAGUUACUACCUUCAAUGAAAUAGACCCCGAUCCAAGCCAAAAAACACUUUACAUUUUUUAUGACGCGUUUGAAGUUUUUAACUGUGACAAAUCAUUUACCGAUGUCUUAGAACAUUACAGUGAUAUCGAGUUGUUAUUAAAACGUAAACAAUCGAAACUUAUUAUGACGAGCAGAAGUUCGGUGUACAAGAAAUUGGAAAAUUUUCAUUUCUCCGUUGUAGUUUGUGUCAUUGACCUUAAUUAUGAAUCACUUACACUAAGUGAUCAUGAACGGAAGAGUAUAUAUGAAAAAAUAUGCUGUCCUACCUUAGCUCAACAUUUGACAAUGGCGGUUAAAUGUAAGCAUGCGUCUUUCCCACUUGUUUGUAAACUAUUUUUCGAUUUUCCUGAACUGCAAGAAUCGCCCGACCGCUUAUUUGAGAACCCCAUCGAUGCAUUUCUUCAUUUUCUUAAUUAUUUUAAAAAAACAAGCACCCUUACCUAUGGUUUGCUUGUAUGUGUUGCUUUGCAUGGAAAAAUCGACAGUCCACUUGAUAGUGAAAAAAACAGUGUCAGAACUCUGGAAUUAGCACUGCAAGCAUUCCAGCAGGAUUCCAGUAUCUCAGUGACCAAAGAAAUGCUAAAUGAAGAGUUUAAAGAAUUUGUCAAGGAAACAAGAUGGUUAAAACAGCUCAAGGAGAGUAAUUUCUACUCAUUUCGGCAUAAGUUUGUGCAUGAAAUAGUGACAUAUCACUACGGCCUAAAUCAUGUUGAUGGUUUGUUGGCAGUCAUGGGUUCCAAUUUUAUUUCAGAAAAGAUAAGAUUGGGCGACGGAAGGAAUAUGAACACAAAUGAAUUACUUCUUCAUGUAGAUGUUCCAAAGCUUAAAAACAGAUUGUUUCAUGACAUUCGUUAUUAUGUCAAUUACCUGUAUGUUUUUUCAAAUAAUUAUUGGAAAAGUAAAUCUUUUUUCGAUGCCAUUCGGUCAGAAUUACAAAGGAAAGAAAGACCAGACAUUGACGACUUGUUUUGGAAAUGGCAAGAUGAAAAUCUUUCUUCACAUUCAUAUAAAAUUGAGUUAUCUAAGAGGAAGGAGAAAAAUUACAUAUCUCUCAAACGUGAUGAUUCCGAAUGGUUUCGAGAUAAACUUCUCGAAAAUCGAACUGAAACUGUAAGCGAAAAUAAGAUUGAGUAUGAAAAGAAAAUCAAGGCUGUCAGCUGGGUUUUAGGUUUUGGUAUCUAUCAAAUUCUUCCUGAACUACUCACUGAUCAAAAGGAUGCUAAGAAAAUGAAAAACAUGUGGGCAACAGACGAGUUAGAAAAGAUACGAUUUCUAAUUUUGGCGAUUUUUAGUCAAAGCAAAGAAUGCUUUAAAAUUGCAUUAAAAUUUGCUGAUCGUAUAAAUUUGAACAAAACUUGCUCAUCUAAAGAUAUGGAUCGCGAUAUAUGGAAUAAACAUAAAAAUUUUACACCUCUUACAGCAGCCUGCUAUAAAGGUUUUUCAGAAGCAAUCGAAGGGCUCUUCGAAAAAAGUUCCAUUAAUGUUAACUGUAUGGACAAAAAUGGAAGCAUGCCAUUUGUUUUAGCCUGUAGAUUUGCAUCUACUUCCGAUUGUAAGUAUUUAAUAGAAAAGGGGGCAAAAUUGUGUAGUACCACCGGAAAUGGUGUAACUCCACUUAUUGCUGCCGUAAUGAGACAAAAUACUGAAUUGGUUGCUUUUCUGCUUAAUGAACAUAACUUAAAGGCUAAUCAGUAUUCUUCAAAGAGAAAAAGUCCUCUCUAUUAUGCAGCGAAAAUAGGAUCCUUAGACAUAGUGAAACUUUUGAUUGAGAAGAAAGCAUCUGUAAACAUUCCUGACAAAGAAGAAAGAACGCCUUUAUAUUGGGCAUCUUGGAAUGGAUUCUGUGGCAUUGUAGAAUAUCUUAUUAAUAGUGGCGCAAAUGUUAAUCAGUGUAACAGAAAAGGAAAGUCUCCUCUAUAUUGUGCAUCAAAACGAGGCCAUAUCAAUAUUGUCAAACUGUUGCUGAAUAAUGAUGUUGACGUAAACAAAUCAACACUCAAUAACAAAUCGUCACUUUAUAGAGCAGUGAAGAGGGGGCAUUUUGUAAUUUGCAAAAUGUUAAUAGAGAAAGCGGCAAAUGUGAAUAAGACUGAUUGUGAAGGGAGUGCACCUUUAUAUUGGGCCGCUAAAAGGGAGCAUAUUUAUAUUUUAAAUUUAUUAUUGGAAAAGAAUGCAUUGCCCAACAACAGAAAUGAUAAAGGGAAAACUGCUUUGCAUUGUGCAGCAAAAGCAGGACGUGUUGAUAUAGCAACGUGUCUAGUUAAUAAUGGGGCUGAUGUGGAUAUAGAUGAUCUACGCAAACGGACUCCUUUAUACUGCGCUUCCAAGAAUGGUCAUGUUGCGAUGUGUAUAUUUGUGAUCGACAUCAUUGUUCAGGUGUACGAAGUGGCCCAUGGGUCUCUUAGUUAA